GAGACUUCAAGAUUUCAAUAUCACAGUGGAGGCGGGGUGUUAUGUCCGCACGGUCAAUCCAGACAAGAAUGCACUUAUACAAGACUUGGCACUGAAUUAGCGAGGUUCUUCAUUCUAGGAAUAUCAGUAAAAUCGUGCAGAAACAUGAACAGUCAGCUGCGCCAAGCCCAGGAGGAGGCAGAGGAGGUAAAGGUCAUCAUGAUGAAAAACGUGGAGAAGACAGAGAAACGCGAACUUAAACUGCAGGACCUUGACGAAAGAGCUGAGGAACUGAAAUUGAAGAGCAAGUCCUUCCAAAAGACCGCAAUGAAGUUGACGGGGAAGAAGAAAAGUGACAAAAUUAAAGCAAAAUGGAAGCUCAUUGUUGUUGUUGCAGGCUCAGCUAUGAUAAUUAUUAUCAUAGCUGUCAUUGUACUGGUGAACAGAUCUACUGACGAAAGAUCACAUGAAAGAGGCAUCAACCCAACAAUUGGACCUGGGAAGUAGAUUAAGACGAAUAGGGCUGAAAUGGAAACAAAUACUGCACACUAUGUUCUAGCUUCAGUGUUUGAUGCUUUACUUGGCCUUGUAAAAAACCAGGAGACUCCUAUUUUUGCAUCAGACAAAAAAGGAGAUUGGGUGGUUUGUUUAUAAUCUUGAUUUGAUUAUCUGUAAACUAUUAUAUCUGAUGAUAUUGAAAUCAGAAAUUGUAAGACAUAUGUGGUGAGGAUUUACGUUGAAGUAAUUUUCCAGAUGUUGUUAUCCAGUGUGAUGGAAUGGAUUUAUUUACUUUUGACAACAUAUAGAAUGUCUUACUGUAAACCCAGUUCUUUAAAAAAAAAAUGUAACCUCACAACUUCAACGAGAAAAUGUAUUUAACAAAGUUAUUGUUCAGACAUGAAUGUGUUUGAAGUUGUAGGCAGUUUUUUUUUUUUUUUUUUACUGGAGUCCAUCUAAACACAACUGUUCUUCUCUGUCAUUCUUGAACAUUCUUAGUCAUCAAAAGUGGACAAAACAAGGCAUUACAUUGCUAAAAUCAGGACUAUAAAUAUGCAACUGUAAUUCUUUUAUUUUUACAUGCAACAAAGGUAUUAUAGAAGACAC